CUGAAUCGUUGUUCCUCAUGUGACUCUUGAAAAACAAGCAGUUCAAGUUUGGGUCUCGCCGGGAGAAGCUUUAUGUUUAUUCGCUUGAUUAGAAUUAUGAAGCUCACCAUGGCUCAGUGACAGAACCACCGACCGAUCCAGUCCGACUCAGACGCCUGCCAUGCCGCUGCCCAAUGGCUCCAUCAACACCGACGAGAGCAGAGACACCGAGGUUCUGCUGGACACCGAGGUUCUGCUGGACACCGAGGUUCUGCUGGACACCGAGGUUCACCUGGACACAGAGGUUCUGCUGGACACCGAGGUUCACCUGGACACAGAGGUUCUGCUGGACACCCAGGUUCUGCUGGGGAAGGACGCCGUUCCCCCUCGGUGCUGCUCGGCCCGGCUCGGCCUCGCCGUCCUCAUGUUCCUGGGGAUCUCCGUGGUCUACGGGCUCCGGGUCAACCUCAGCGUCGCCAUGGUUGCCAUGGUGAACGCCACGGACCCGCCCGGAACCACGAACAGCACGGCGGACCCGGCGUGUCCGCUGCCGUCGGGACCGGAAAACAGCAGCAGAGCCCUGCAGCAGCCGGACGGGACCCCCCAGUAUCCCUGGAACUCAGAGACUCAGGGCUGGCUGCUGGGCGCCUUCUUCUUUGGGUACCUGUGCACUCAGAUCCCGGGCGGCUACCUAGCCGGUCACUACGGCGGGAAGAUCUUCCUGGGUGUGGGCGUGUUUGGCACGGCUGUCCUCACCAUCCUCACGCCGCUGGCUGCUGGGUGGGGGUCGCGCUGGCUGUUUGCUCUGCGGGCCCUGGAGGGCUUCGGAGAGGGCGUGACGUUCCCAGCCAUGAUGGCGAUGUGGACCCGGUGGGCUCCGCCCCUCGAGCGCUCCUUCCUGAUCUCGCUGUCAGGUUCUGGGGGAAGCUUCGGCGCCUGCCUGGCGCUGCCGCUCACCGGUUACAUCUGUGAACAGCUGGGCUGGCCCGCCGUGUUCUACCUCUGCGGAGGCACCGGGUGCCUCUGGUUCGUUUUCUGGUGCUUUCUCGUGUCCGACGAUCCUCGAACUCACCGUCGGAUCAGCGAACAGGAGAGAGAUUACAUCAUAAACUCUAUCGGAGCUCAGGGCAAAGGUCACGGCUGGUCGCUGCCUCUUGUAUCCAUGGGGCUUUCCGUCCCACUGUGGACCAUCAUCGUCACCCAGAUGUGCUCCAAUUGGUCCUUCUACACGCUGCUCACCUCCCUGCCCACCUACAUGAACGACAUCCUGCACUUUGACCUGCAGUCGAACGGCUUCCUGUCGGCGCUGCCGUACUUCUGCAGCGUUCCGGUCUCGCUGCUGUCCGGCGUGGUUGCUGAUUGGCUCAUCAUGAGGCAGGUGUUCAGCAUCACCAACGUGCGCAAGAUCUUCACCUUUACAGGCCUGCUGCUGCCGGCGCUCUUCCUCAUCGGCGUCUGCUACGCCGGAUGCAGCCACGUCCUCACAGUCACCUUCCUCACGCUCUCCACCGGCUUAGGAGGGAUCAGCUCCGCCGGCGUCUACGUCAACCAGAUCGACAUCGCUCCCCGGUACGCCGGAUUCCUCCUGGGAAUCACCAACACGUUCGGGACGAUCCCGGGUGUCGUGGCGCCGAUCGUGACGGGAUACUUUACAGAAGAUCACACCAUGGCAGGCUGGAGGAAGGUGUUCUGGGUCGCUGCUGGGAUCAACAUCGGCGGCGCCGUCAUUUUCACAAUAUUUGGCAGCGGCAAGAUGGAGGCGUGGGCCGUCGAGGACAAGGAGGAGGAGAAGGCAGUCGGUCCAAGUUGAAGAAAAACCAAAGAGAAGCAGCGAAGCUCAACCUGAUCAAGGAUUCGUUAAUCCACAGUCUGACCUCAACACACAGCUUUCACAUCUUUAGCAACAUUUUCUUCUUGGGGGAAGUUUACAUCGCUUUCAAAUCUCUUUAAUUCAUCUCUGAUGUCUUGCCUUCGAAUGAUUCACACUAAUCAUAGAAGAUGGCCCUGCUCAGCAUUUUGAAGGUUUAUUUUUGGCUGAUUUUCACUCCGUAUCAGUCGAGUUCCCAAACGUUUUCAGAUGAAUGCUGUCAGUUUGAUCGCUGAGCCUCGCAGCGCAGACAUGUGAAUCAUUCAGGAGUAAAAGUGGAUGAAUCGGCACAACGAUGACACACAGCAGACCAGUUCACAAGUACAAGUUAAACCGUGUUGCUUUGCUCAGAGUGGAAAUCAGGACCUUUAACAAAAACGUGUCAUCCUUCAGUUGACCCAGAAAAAUCCCAGAAAUUCAACAGAAAAUAGGAUUUUAGGUGAUUUCAAACUACAGGAACAAUAUCAGAAAAAAAUGAAUAUUAUUGGUCUAUAUAAUGGUCUCGCUAUGGUGUCCUGAACCAAGCUAACUCCUUUCACACGAGUUAGGAUUAAACGGCUCUUACUUUAUUUACGUAGAAUGGAGUGAAACUGCCAAAACAGGAACAACAUAAAUUCAAUAAAUAACUUACUUUGUUUCUCACACAUUAACAUAAACGCUCAUUUUUAACUAUACAUACAGACAUUGCGUCGAAGAACUCGAUCUGAACACGACAUUCACAAUAUAUCCGUCGGAACAUCCGCUCUGCCGUUAACAAACAAACUGACUAAAUAACGUAAAACAUUUCCCUGAAAGUCCAGCAGGUGGCAGCAAUGUGCCAUGCAAAAUAAACAGGUUACAGGACAGUCUACAUUCUGCUAGUGUUGAAGAAACACAAUUUUGUUAAUCUGGUGUUUCGAUUCUAUAAGAAACACAAUUAAAUCACAUGUGAAUAAUGUUAUUGACAGAUCACUAAAACUAAUCGUAAACUGUCACAUGAGAUGUGUUAAUAUUUCUGCCAUGGUGCUAUCGCUCGUCAGCUCACCUGUCAGAGAGACGAUAAACGUUUAUCUGCAGCAUUUUGGUGAAACUGUCGGCGUCGACUUUACAGAAAAACUGGAUUUAACUAUUUCAAAUUUUGCUGGAUGGUAAAUUGUUUCAGAAGUUGUUUGAUAUUGUUUUAAGACCUUUUUAAGUAAUGUAAUGAUAAUAAUGCAGAAACACAUUCUUAAAUAUCAAAAAGCUUUAAAGUCUUAUGAACAUUUAACACUGGAACUGAAAGACAUGUUAUAUAUCCAAAAUAAGUAAACAGAACACAAACAGAACUAUGAAGUCUCUGUAAACUAAAUCUGAGCAUUUAGAUGCUGAAUUGUGGUGAAAUCAUGCAGGAACCGGAUCAUCUGGACUGAACAUGAAACGGCUGCUGAACCGUUUCUGUCGGUUUGUUUUGCAGACAAACUGAAGCUGCAAAGAUGCUUCACUGUCUGCAGAUUUAAAGUUGAAUUAAUUUCAGGAUAAAAAUAUUUCAGGCUUUAGUUAGUUUGUUUAUUUAGAUCCUCUUUGCUUAUUAUUUAGAGUUAAUACAUAAUUUCUUUUUAAAGAACAUUUUAAAAAGUUUUAAAUUUAUGUUGUUGUUUUUUUGUUUUCCAAUUUAUUCCACAAUCAAUUUGUUGCUUUGCUUUGGUCUUGGCACUUUUUAUUUGACGUUUUAUUUUUUAAAUUGAUGUUUUUGUUUUGUUAUUUAACCCCAAACUGCACAUAAGCUGCUUAAUGUCUCAGUGUUACUGAGAACAAGACGAAGUUUGACCAAAUGGAAAAACUGGAUUUUUGUCGUUCAUUUGAAUGAAACUCUUCAGUCGGGACCAGAUGAAGCACUUUCUCCAGGCACUUUUUGUUUGUUUUUACUUCAACGUUUUAAUAUCAGGAUAAAUGUAAUGUGUGUUUUUAUAUUACAAAUCCAAUUAAUUUGUUUUUAUAAGAUAUAAAAAUAUCAUUAUCUCUGCAAAUGUUUGGAGAGAAAUAAGUUGCACAUUGAUGAUUCUAAAUGGGUGUAAAAUGUACUUCUGUGAUCUGAAAAAAUGUAAAAUAUAUUUAGUUUUUUUAAAAGAUGGGAUUAAAAGAAAGAUAAAAUUGCUGAAGAUCAUCAGAAAUUCUCUAAAAUGUGUGGUUUCAUGUACGUAUGUAAUCAUAUCAUCUUUAUACUUUAAGUUUCAGAAACGGAUCCAGUUGUUUAAUUCUGGCAGUAACGUUUUUAUAAUUCUCACAGUUUGAAGAUAAAUGCUCACAUUAACCUGUUUUUAUGUUAAAAAAUGUGUAGUUUGUAUUGACAUCUUUGCUCCUGAAGCUUCAGGGAAGCAGUUACUGUGAACAACCACUAGGUGGCGCAAUGCAAUAAGCAGCAGUUUCUGUCGUGUCACAAUAAUAUUAUUAUUUGUGCAAAUUAAUGGCAAUAAUUCUUAUUUGAAGCUCCUGAAACUAUCAGAUCUUGUAUUUCUGUAUUAAUUUUGAUAAUUUGGCAGGAAAUAAAUUUCUUGAUGACA